AUGUUCGUGGAAGUAUCCCAGACUUUAUUCCAGGGCCAAGCAGUCGAACUAGCGGCUUGCGAAUGCUCUGCGCGCCCAUGGGCAGGUGAUUCCUCAAUGGUGGUGGCUGAGAUCGGUGCACGGUGUCGGUGUGGCUGUGUACUCCACCUGGCACCAAUUGCCAGACUACUGGCGGGGUCUGCCAGGGCCUGCCCGGCCAGAUCUUUCUGGCUACUACAGGCGGAAGAAGGGUUAACAGUGCGGGUGCGAUUCGAGGCAGUCCGCUUACCGUGUGCGGGUCAGUCCCUCAGGGCUCGUGACGGGGACUCGUUGGGCUCACCCCUUUUAGCCUCAUGGGACGGCCCCGAUACUAGCGCUGUGUCCAGUGAAGUAGAAAUGACGACUGACAGCAGCGGUAUGGUGGAGAUCACAGGUGGGAGACACAUCCUCGUCGAACUACGGUCCAACGAUGUGAGUGAACGAUGCGCGGGCGGCUUUUUGGCGCAUGCUACACAGAGUGAGCCAAUCCGCAAUGCAUCAGCAGCGUGGGCGUCAGUGGCUACCGUAGCGUGGUGGCGCGGAGGCGGCGGAGCGCGAGCGGCGGCUGCGGCGUUAGCGGCUCUCGCUGCCUUGGCCGCUAUUUUGUUAGCUUUGCAUUCCGCCCAUCGCACGAGAGCCUACCAACGCGCCGCUGAUAAGGAGUCACUCACUGAUAGCGAUGCAUGUUCGGCAUCCCUGGAGAUGGGAGCGUCUGGGUCCCGAAGCACUCUGCUGAGCGAGGUGGUCGGUGGUGGAGUGUCUCUGCGACGGCUACUGCCCCGGAGGGGGCACACGAGGCUAAGAGACUGCGACAGGAGUUCGGGACACGCGGAAAACAGGGACGAAGACGACGCCACAUCUGACAUGGAGGCAGACGCGGUCAGCGUAACGAGCGCUUGCAGCGGGGCGAGUCAGGCUUCUCAAGCCACGGUAACACCGGAGAAGGUGUCUGCAAGCAGCGCCCCCGUCGCUGGAAGCGUUAGACAGUCGCCGCUACGACGCUCACACACCGUGUCGCAUGCUUCUGUACAAAUGACGUCACCCCCGCAAGCGUCAACGAGCGAAGCGAUUACAGCCGAAGUGAACACGAGCGUGACCAGCGUGAGUGAGCGAGACAGCUACAGCGAGAAAGACCACGACAGUUUGUGGGACAAGGACGGACAGAGUGUUGCCUCGUCCACGUCAGCCGCUACGCUGACUAACGGCUGGUACUCCCCAGCACUAAGCGGAGUCUCGGCCGCCCGUAUCCGCGACAACCCUAAGCACACGAAAGAGAACUGCAACCGACGGCUCUUGAGAUCGGACUUGAGUCUGACCUCACAUCCCGAGAUGGAGAUCGACUAUUACGACUAUGAAGUCAAUAAUGCGGGUUCGGUUCCCGGGUCGUACUUAGGAAUGGACCCGGCGUUUCUCGUCUGGAUUCCGCCUCUGGACGAGGGAGACAUCAUCAGAGAGAUGGAUGAAAGCAAGGUUCCGAUUUACGAAGAAGUGAUCCCGAUAGAACUGAGACCGAAUCCGGGCAGCAACACCGAGUCACCCGAAGACCCGUCCACGCUGAAGAGAAUCCCAACGAAUCGCUCGAACGAGUCCAUCAAAUUCCGCAAAGCGCUCGACAGGAGCGUCAUUCACCCUCUGAACUUCAGCAUCAGUGAUUUGCAAAACUCGCCCAAACUGCCCAAAAGGAAUAAGAGGAAAAAAUCCGAGAUUCCCGUGAACAUUCCGAUGAAGGAUCUCACCUCGAUGUCCCCGGCCAAGGUGCACAGGAAGUCGGAUGACUCGACGCUGAAAAGGGUGACGGAGACCAGAGAGAAGGACAGCACGCUGAAGAGGAGUGAUUUUAAUGAUAUUAGAUUUGCGGAUGAUUCGUCGAACGAAAUCAAAUUCGCUGACGAUUCGCCCGACAGCAAUCGAUUGAUGGAUCAGUUUGACCUUGAAGUGUAA